AUGCGUCAAAUUGAUUUUAAUGAAACUCAUCGAACAUGUCAACAAUUUGCAUCAAUUAUCGAAACUUAUUCAUUCAUUGUUGUUACAUUAAAAUCAUUCGAUCUCAAUCGACACUUUCAAGAUCGAAUAGCGCUCGAGUAUAAACUUAACCGUUUAGCAUCAACCGAUAUUCAAAAAUAUAAAGACUAUUAUCCUGUCGAGCUUGACACGAUCAACGGAAGUAAUAGUCUCUUACAGAGUAUUAGUUUUCUUUGCUCUAACAAUGUGAUCAAUAUUACCGAAUUACGUGUCCGGAAUAUCGUCGAUAUGGUGAUCAAUGCCGAUACCUACAUUGGACACUUUAC